UCCAGGAUUUAAUAUUUAAAGGUGAGAGGUAGCGCUUGAUCCAGUGUAAUAUCGACCAGAUGUUUUAACUGAGACUUCGCACUAUGUGGAAAUUACGAACUUUUAUUCGAGUGAUAUUGAUAAUAAAUUUAUUAUUAUGCGUCACAAAUGGAAAGAAGAAUAGACACUCGAGAAAACGCCAUGCAAAAACGUCCACAGAUGACAACAGUCUCGCGCCAUCGCUGGAAACACGAAACCUCAAAGGGUACAUUGAACUUUUUGGUGUUGUUGAAGAAGCCGGCGUGACUCGAAUCGACGAAAGCACGUGGAAGUUUAGAACACGAUCUACACCUAUUCAAGUAAAUACCGUCUCCACAGCAAAAGUACUAAAUAGCAUGAACGGCUCGCUGUCGAUUUCUAUGGAAAUUCGAGUGGGUUCCAAGAAGGUUGCCACGGUAUUCCGCUCGUAUUCUUCAAAUUUUACUCAAAAGGGACCAAUCACGUGGGUCGAAAUUAUAUUUGAUUCAGAAAACAAUUUUAUUAUCGUGAAACAUCGAACACCGACGUUGGUGGAAUCAUCUGCAGUUUUUAAACUGACUGAUAAUGGCAAAAGAAGCUGGAUUAAACUACUUGUCGCUUUUCGUACUGGAACGGAUCUUUCAGGAGACAUGGUGUUGUGCCAACAUACAUGUGAGGAUAGUAACACGAAAACUAGCCUAGAUGGAAUUAACCUCGUUUUUCCGAAAGAUAUGAAAAUCGAAUUCGGUGGAAAUAAUAACAAUCCAGAAAAUUCAUUUAUCGGACAAAUACGUAACCCAAGAGUAUACAUUCCACCAAUCUUCACCUAUCCUUGGGAAUGCAGGAAUUCAGCCCCGGCAAGUAGAGCGAAAUCAAAACACAAGAAACGAGGCUUGCCACCUGGAGAUCCUAUGAGUAUUCCACAAAGGCCGAAAAUUGUAUCUGCUUCAUUUGAUGUCGGAAAUGAAUACGAUGAAGUAUUAGAGGAACUUCGGACUGAAAUUCAAUCCUGUAAAUCUGAAAACAUUCAAAUGAAUACAAUGAUGCAAAUGAUGAAGCAGAUGCAGUCUUCCCUGGAGAGUCGAAUUGCUGCCUUAGAAUCAUGCGAAUGUAUUCCCAUGUGUGUCACAAGAAGCGGCGUCAAACGACGACAUGGUGAAGUUUGGCAGCCAAAUACAUGCGGAAAUUGUGAAUGUAGGAAUGGGGAGAUAUUAUGUGAAAAAAGGGAUGGAUGCGAAACAGAAACAAACGCUUGUUUGAGUAACCCGUGUGUUAACAACGGCGCAUGUGAAGAAGUAGACGAUUCCUAUAUAUGCAGAUGCCGACGUGGAUUCCGCGGAAAGCAUUGUGAGUUUACUGAUCAGUGUGCUCUUGGAAUAUGCGAAAAUGGGGCAGAUUGUGAACUACUUGAAACUGGAAGAUAUCGAUGUCAAUGCAAGAAUGGCUUCUCUGGAAUAAACUGUGAACAACCAGCCAAAAACCACUGCCAAUCAUAUCCUUGUAGAAAUAAUGGAAGUUGCAUCAACACUUCUGUAGGUUACAUCUGUAACUGCUUGGGUGGUUUCAAAGGUCGUCAAUGUGAAGACUUUGAUGCCUGCUUCUCAAAUCCUUGUUUAAAUAAUGGAUUGUGCACUACUUUCUCAGAGAGGGGAUAUACAUGUCGUUGUCGCUCCAAGUUUUAUGGUACCAAUUGCGAACUACGGAAUAGUUGUUAUUCAUCUCCUUGCCUUAAUGGUGGGCGGUGUUUGAGACGUUUGAGCUCCUACACUUGUGACUGCGUUGGACCUUAUCAUGGCACCCACUGCGAAUUGAAAGAUGUUUGUUAUACCAAUCCAUGUUUAAAUAGAGGUCGAUGUUUGACAGAUUCUAGAGACUCUUCAAGAUUUACAUGCGAAUGCUUGGAUGGAUUCAAGGGUACAAAGUGUGAGUUUGAAGAUAUUUGUUAUUCAUCUCCUUGUCUUAAUGCGGGAAGAUGUUUACCGAGUUCCGACUUCAGAAGCUAUACAUGUGAUUGUGAAGAACCUUACCACGGUUCACAUUGUGAGCUUCAGGAUAGUUGCCAUAUCAAUCCAUGUUUAAAUGAAGGUCGCUGUACAAAAGGAUCUAGUAAUGGCGUAUCUUUCACAUGUGAAUGUCUGGAUGGUUUCAUUGGUACAAAAUGUGAGCUUAGAGAUCUUUGUUAUUCCUCUCCAUGUCGUAACAAGGGAAGGUGUAUUCCAAGCUCUGAUUUUAGAAGAUACUCCUGUGCCUGUGUGGAACCGUUUCAUGGUUCUUAUUGUGAGCUAACAGACAGCUGUCGCAUUAAUCCAUGUUUAAAUGGUGGACAAUGUGUGAGGGACUCGUUAGACAGAACAGCAUAUGCCUGUGAUUGUCCAGACGGUUUUAGUGGUGGAAGAUGUGAGGAUGAAGAUGCUUGUUUUUCUGAACCUUGUCUAAAUGGAGGACGUUGCACUAACAUUGCUACUGGUGGGAAUAAAUUUACAUGUGUUUGCAUUGAUUCGUAUGUGGGGUUGACAUGUGAACAUAGAGAUUCAUGCUACUCUUCACCCUGUUUAAAUGGGGGUUUAUGUGAAAACAGACAGGACGGCUUCUUCUGCAGAUGUCGGGCUACACAUUAUGGAGAUCGAUGUGAAACGACUGAUUACUGCAGAGCUCGGGCUUGUCGUAAUGGCGCUUCGUGCACGAACAAACCUUCAAAAUAUGGAAAACCUUACACUUGUGAAUGCACAAAUUUGUUCGUUGGUGAGUACUGUGAAUAUGAAGAUUUGUGUAAAAGAAGUCCAUGUCUCAAUGGAGGAGUCUGUAGCAUGGAAGACGGUAACUUUGUUUGCAAAUGCCAAGAUUCAUAUUUUGGUAGACGUUGUGAGCUAACAGAUUAUUGCUCACGAAACCCUUGCUUGAAUGGUGGAAGGUGUGAAAAUAGAGAUUCAGGCAGUGGAUUUCUUUGUACUUGUCCAACAUCACACAUAGGGAAUCGUUGCCAGAAACCUCACCCAUGCAGGCCAAAUCCGUGCUUGAACAAUGGUCGAUGUCAACUAGUUGGAGAAGGGAGUUAUUCAUGCGAAUGCCCGCCUUCUCAUAGAGGUCCAACUUGUAGACUCAACAAUCAUUGCCGAAGAAAUCCUUGUAGAAAUGGAGGAACAUGUCUUAACGAUGGAGACACCUAUACCUGUGAUUGCCUUGAUGGAUAUUCAGGAUCUAAUUGUGAGGAAGUUGAUUUUUGUGGAAGUAAUCCUUGCCAAAAUGGAGGAGAGUGUGUUGAAGAACGUGGAACUUAUAAAUGCAUAUGUUCCCCACCUUUUGUAGGUGGAAAAUGCCAAUAUUCACAUAAUGUUUGUGCAUAUAAGAAGCAAGUUGGAAAUUGUGAAGAAGAUGACUCUCGGUGGUAUUUCGACAAAUACACACAAAAAUGUCAAGAAUUUAAGUAUUCAGGUUGUGGUGGAAAUGGAAAUAAUUUCAUUUCCAGGCAGGCUUGCAGACAAAAGUGUCUUGUCGGUGCCUGUUGUAUGUUGCGACAUUCAAUGAUUCAUAUCAAUGGUCAUGCAGAUACUCCACCAUCAUUCAAUUGUCAAACAUUGACAAUUGGACAAUGCAAAAGAAUGGAUACACAACAUAAUGAACUUCAAGUACUGUCAUUCAACCCUGGAGUUGGUUGUUCCGAGGUUUCAUGUGGAUCGCAGUCAACAUGCUCGUUUGGUGGUAAAGAAUACAACUUGAAUUCGAUAAUUAAUAUUGGAUGUGAGCAUUCCUGUGCCUGCCGCAGGGACGGUAAUAUCAGAUGUAGAUGUGAAGAAAAAUCACAAAGGAGAGAGAUUCGCGAGUUGUCAACUGCAGAAAGAGAAACUUAUCAAAAUGCUAUACGAACAUUGAAGAUGAAAGAAGUUGAGAAUGACCAGACGGUCUGGGACUUGAUGAGAGAUGAAUACAUCAAAAAAUUUCCAACUGCACAGUCGCCAAGAUACUUUUUGCUGUGGAACAGAGCGUUUUUGAGAAAAAUGGAGUUGUUGCUUCAAAGUAUUGACUGUGAUAUUGCAAUACCAUAUUAUGAUUUCACUCAAGAUACAGGAAAAUUGAACGAUGCAAUUAUCUGGCAACCCAACUUUUUUGGUGGAGAUGGAAAUUGUGUUCCAGAUCAUCCUUUCAGAGUGUCUAAAAAUGGAGAAGCAAGUGCUUGGGAGCCAUGCUUGUCUCGAAACUUCUCUUCUUCGGUUAAUAUACCUUGUAUGUUAGAUGUCGCAACAGUUCUUAAUUCAAAAACCUACGAACAAUUAAGUGGGAAGCUAAUGAAUCUUGUAUCUUACAUCAACGCAUUCAUAGGGGGUGACAUGGCAACAUCAAUGAAAGCUUAUGAUCCACUUUUUUAUACUGUUCAUGCUUUUGUUGAUUAUCUCUUUUUGACAUGGCAAAAAAUGCAUCCGGGCAAUGAAGAGCUUAAACAUAUUCAAGAUAUACAAAAUGUUCCCCUUGGCAUGCACAUAGAUGAUUUAUGGGAUGGUGCUUGUGUUGAAUAUGGUGGUAAAAAUCCAAAUAUUGCUUGCAAUAGAUCAGAUGUAUCAGAAGAGUCCUUUGGCUCUGAUGGUUACAAUUUACAAGGAUAUAACAGACAAGGAUUCAACAGAGAUGGUUUCAAUAAAGAUGGCUAUAAUGCCAUUGGUCAAGACGUAUAUGGAAGAUUAGAUAAAAGAGGUUUAUUCAAAUAUGAUGGAUAUAAUGCAGAAGGAUAUGCAAGGACCGGAUAUGAUAGAAGAGGUUUUGAUAAAUUUGGUUUCAACAAGAAAGGAAGAAAUAGAUGCAACAUAAAUGCGGGAGGUUUUGACCCACUUGGUUUUAACCGUUAUGGCCUGGAUGAUCAAGGAUAUGACAGAAGAGGAUUUGAUGUUUAUGGACGAAAUAGAUUUGGAAAUGUUGAUAAUUCUGAGUUAUAUGACAGGGAAACUGGCUUCAACGAUUGCUGUUUUGGAAGAGAUGGUCUAACUCCAACAGGUUUAGACAGAUUUGGGUUUGAUAUUGAAGGUUAUGAUUCUGAUAUCUGCAAUCAUCACUUCAAUGGGCCCUAUUCUAUUAGCAUCAGGAAUAAGCUUUGGGAAAUGCUCUCACCACAAAAAACAUCAUUUCUAAGUACAAUUGCUCGCACAUGUGGAUCACUUAAAGCAUUGCCACGAAAACAAAUUUCACUCAAUUGGGCAAAUAAUCCAGCAUAUUCCUUGAGUUCAAGACAAAGUGGAAAACUCUCGCCUGGAAAAUCUAACAUUGAAAAAACAAAUAAAGUAUUCUCUGAAAGGUUUUGCUUUGACGUGGACAUGCUUUUGACAUGGUGUCCAUGCCUCGAGAAGAACUAUCCUGCUAUAUGCUCUACGAAUCCAUGUCUAAACACUCACUGUCCACUUCAUCCAAAUGCACGAUGUGUUAUUAAUAUGUGUGGAAGAUCUUGUACUGCAGAUUUUUAUCAAGAUGGCAGACGUGUGAACUGUGAAAAUCCUUGUUCACCUAAUCCAUGCCAAAAUGGAGGGACUUGUGAACCAUCCAGAUAUUCUUCAGCAUCUGAACGUUUCCAGUGUCAUUGUCCAGAUGAGUAUGUUGGACAGCUGUGUGAAAAACCUGCUCCUGACACUUGCAUGCUUUCAAAAGCAGUGGGAACUUGCCAGUCUUCUGUCAAUAGAUAUUUCUACAAUUUUAAAACUGCUGCAUGUGAAGCAUUCAUCUAUUCUGGUUGUGGAGGAAAUUCGAACAAUUUCCCAAGUAAAAGGGCUUGUGACCUGCGAUGUGCUCUAGGUGCAUGUUGUUAUCGACUGCCCCGUAAUUCAACAUUUAAUAUUGGAUUUGAUAGGGACGGUUUUGACAGAUAUGGAUUUAAUGCACUAGGAUAUAAUAGGAGAGGCCAGCAGCAAUCUUCACACGACUCAUUGCCUACUGGAAAUAGAAUUUUUCCACCAAAAGGAUUCGGACCAGAUGGAUAUGAUGUUUAUGGUUAUGAUGUUGAUGGAUAUAAUCGACAAGGUUAUAACAGAGCUGGAUUUCACAGAGAUACUGGAUUCAAUAGAACAGGUUUUAAUCCAGAUGGAGAGUUUGAUCAAUUAAUGGAAUUCGGCUAUGACGGUUAUAACAGGAGUGGGCUAGAUAGAGCUGGUUAUACAUGCAAUGGGAUUGAUAAGGAAGGAUUCAACCAGCUGGGUCUUUAUUAUGACUUCGAAUAUCGAUGCCAAUCUCUCUUGUUAGUGGAAUGUGAAGCUUUAAAGGAUCCUGAUCAACUAGGGAUACCUUUUGAAGUUAUAAGUUUUGCACCUGGGAAUACAUGUGAUGAAAUUCAAUGUGGCGAAGAGUGUGGUUGUACAAUAGAUGGUAAAUUGCAUCGCUUUGGAGAAACAUUCCAGAAAGGUUGUGAAUCAUGCACUUGCACUCUUGGUGGUGUUGUUGAAUGCACAUGCCAACGCUUGGGAAGAAGAAGAGAAAUUAGAGAUUUAACUCAAGAUGAAAGAGAAGAAUAUGGUGCUGCAAUUCGUUCCUUGUAUAAAUCUGGAAAAUGGGAAGAAUUUGCUACACAACAUGCACAGCAUAUGCCAAAGUCAAAUGGUGUUGCUUCAUCGUUGCCAUGGCAUAGGUACUUUUUGCGAAUGGUUGAACAAGAAAUCCAGAAACAAUCCAGUUGUGAAGUGUUUAUUCCUUACUUUGACUGGACUAUAGAUGUUGGUAAUCUGGAAAAUUCACAAAUUUGGCAAACAUCAUUUUUUGGUGGAAAUGGAGAGGAAAUAUCAAAUUGUGUACACCAUCAUCCUUUCAACAGAGAAGUCAGAUGGCAUCCCUGUAUUAAGAGACAAUUUGACAAAUCUGUCUCUCUUCCGAAUGCAGUCAAUUUUCAUCUCUUGUUACAUGAAGAAAAUUAUGACAAAUUCAGGUUUCAGUUAGAAAUGAUGUCAGCAUUAUUUCAUGUGUGGGUUGGUGGUCAUAUGGCUUCACCAUUUAGUCCUUAUGAUCCAAUAUAUUUGUCACAUUGGGCAUUCAUGGAUUACAUCUGGAACCGAUGGCAAGAAAAUAAUCCAAUGGGAAUUACCAGAUUUCCUUCUCAACAUCGGUAUGUGAGGAUGAUGCCAUUUUUGGCUUCACCAGAUGAUGUAUUGUCAUCAGAACUGCAAAUGUGUGUUAUAUACAUUCCACCCACGAUUGGAUCUCCUUGUAAUCGAACUAAACAGGUUGGAUUGCCACCAUUAGGGAGAGAUAGUCAAGGACUGGACAGACAUGGCUUUGAUGACCGAGGUUUCGAUGUACAUGGAUUUAAUAUCAAGGGAAUCGAUAGAUCAGGAAGGCCUGACACUCGUAACCUAUAUGACAAGUCAGGAUAUGAUGUACAAGGUUACCAACGUUCUGGAUUUGACAGCUCUGAUUGGGACAGAUAUAAUUUUAAUACAUAUAACUUUAAUCGAGAUGGUUUUGACAUUGAGAAUUUUGAUGAGUCAGGCUAUGAUAGAUAUGGUUUUGAUCGAGAUGGUAAAACACCAUUUGGAUUAUUCAGGAAUAUGUCCUUUGCUCCUGGGUUCGACCAAGGUUAUGGAGCAUCUUUGUUUGAUAGAUAUGGUUAUAAUCAAUAUGGAUAUGAUAAAAAUGGCUUUGAUCAUAAAGGGUUUGAUGCAUUUGGAUUCAAUAAUAAAAGAUUGGAUUUGGAUAAUUGUGACUAUUACUUUUAUGGACCUCAUUACAUGAGAUACUUCUACCAUGUGAAAGAGCAGCUAUCUGUAUUAAACAAGGAUAUGUUGAAGAAUAUAAAAAGAAUUUGUCCACCUAUAACUCCUUUACCGGAAUUUUGGGCCUCACACAUAUGGAUGGAUAAGAUGUCAUUGGGUCGAAAUUUUGAAACUAUGUGGAAAGAAGAUCAUGAAAUUGAUGAAGCAUGGGAACCUCGAAAAUCUUCAGUUACAGAAGAACUUCUCUGGUUACCAAUCACUCCUGAUUGGCAAUUCUGCUUUGAGAUGAACUGGUUUUCUGGUUGCCCACUAGGAACACAGCUUCUUGAUUGUAAAGAAGAUAAAUGUGCUCGGUCAUCAUGUGCAAGUCAUCCAACUGCACAAUGCAGAAUGAAAAACUGUGGAGCAUGUUACCCAGAAUUUUACAAUGGAAAAACGGGCGAAAUAUAUCAGUGCUAUGGUUGUGUAUCAAAUAGUGGUGAAACACAGAAUGAAGGAUCAACAUGGCAUGAUGGUUGUGACACAUGUGUUUGUCAAGCAGGUCUAAUUUCCUGUUCACCAAUGGCUUGUCCUUCUCAUGCUUGCACUCAUCCUGCUCCUGGACAAGAUGGUUGUUGUGAUGUUUGUGAUAACUGUGAAUAUGAAAAUAGAAUAUACCGAAAUGGAAUAACAUUCAAACCCAAUGAGUGUCAGUCAUGUGAAUGUAUUGAUGGAUCAGUCAUGUGUCAUGAUACUGUUACAAACUGUGAACCUGUCAAAUGUGCACAACCUGUCAAACUUCCUGGGGAAUGCUGUCCUACAUGUUCUACAGAAUGUCGAGAACACAAAGCUUUGGAAUCCUGGGCAAUGGAUAAAUGUCACAACUGCAGUUGUGUAGCGGAUAGAAUCAUUUGCUCUCGAAAUCAAUGUCCUGUGCUUCAGUGCAGUCACCCGCGAACUGGUGCAGGAGAUUGUUGUCCAAAAUGUAUGGGUUGUGAAUAUAAAGGAAAAAAUUAUCGUCAUCAACAAAACUUCAUGAUUGAUUCAUGCAGUCAAUGUAAAUGUCGGUUUGGAAAUGUCAUGUGCACAACACAACAAUGCCCACCACUUAAUUGUAAACAUAAGGAGAAGCCUCCUGGUUCUUGUUGCUUGAGAUGUAGAAAAGGUUGUGAGUAUGAAGGUAUUUUUUAUGACAAUGGCGUAUCAUUCAAGACUCAAAACAACCCAUGUCUAAACUGUACAUGUCUGAAUGGACAACCAAGUUGCAUUCGACAGACCUGUGAAAGAGUUUCUUGUUCAAGGCCAGUUGUUCCUGAAGGGGAAUGUUGCCCACGCUGUGCAACUUGUCAAGUGGGUUCAACAGUCUUCAGUGAAGGGCAAAUGUGGACAAGUAGAGAUCGAUGUAAAAAAUGUGUUUGUCAGGCUGGUGAACAAAUAUGUAGAAAAAUCAUUCCUUGCCGAAGUGAUUGCUCUAAUGGAGUUGUUCAUAGAGGCCAGUGUUGUCCAGAUUGCUCUCAGUGUUCGUAUCAUGGAAAGAUUUUUCAACAUUUGGAACCAUUCAGUGAUCCAUAUGAUGCAUGCCAAAGAUGCUCAUGCCAGAGUGGAAAUGUGAUAUGUUCAACGACUGUAUGUCCAGAAGUGACAUGUAGAGUUUUAGAGACGCCUGUUGGAGAAUGUUGUCCUCAGUGCAAGUCUUGUGUAUAUGAAGGAGCAUUGAGAGAGCAUGGUUCAUCUUGGAAAAUUUCUCAAGAUCCUUGUACAACCUGCUCAUGUGUAGAAGGCACAAUUGAUUGUUUUGAUGAGUAUUGUCCUGCUGCAAGAUGUGAUUAUCCAAGUACUCCUCCGGGAACUUGUUGUCCAACAUGUAAUGGCUGUUCAUAUCGUGGCCAAAACUAUGAUAAUGGAGAAAUGGCAGAACCAGAAAGUUCUUGCUCAACAUGUCAAUGCAUGAAAGGAAAUGUCAUUUGUCGAGAGAACCCGUGUCCAAGCAUACAGUGCAGGAAUCCAGUGAAAAAAUUGGGCGAUUGUUGUCCUAGUUGUGCAACAUGUGAAUAUGAUGGACAAACUUAUGAUGAUGAAGCUGUAUUUGUACCAGUGAGAGACCCAUGUCGAAAUUGCACUUGUAUGGGGGGUCGAGUGAACUGUGACAGACUUGACUUGAGCUGUAAAAGAAUGUUGUGUUCGCAUCCUGGCAGAACUCGAAGUCAGUGUUGUCUUAGCUGUGACUCAUGUGAAUAUGAAAGAAGAAACUACAAUAAUGGAACAACUUUCACGCCAAGCAGUUCUUCACCAUGCUUGACUUGCACUUGCCUUUCUGGCACCGUCACAUGUGAAAUGAAGAAAUGUUCAUCUAUUUCCUGUACAAAUCCAGUUCGUAAACCUGGAUCUUGUUGUGCAACUUGCGAAGAUUGUGUUACAAAUGGAAGAAGGUAUAGCAAUGGUGAGAGAUGGAAAUCAGAUUCAUGUACUAACUGUGAAUGCUCAUUCGGAAGUGUUCAAUGUCAUCCUGUUUCUUGUUCCACUGUUUCGUGUUCUCAUCCUUUCAAGCCACCAAAUCGAUGUUGUCCCACUUGCAACAAAUGCUUAUAUAAUGGUGAGACCUAUUCAGAUGGACAGGAAUUUCAUAGUCUUACAGAUCGUUGCCAUAAAUGUACAUGUAUGUCAGGUACUGUAUCAUGUAUCAGACGAAGUUGUCCUGAACUAGAAUGUGAAAAUCAAGUGUUGCUCACUGGAGCUUGCUGUCGUUCAUGCUCUUUGGACUGUGAAUUGCUGGGUAUCUCGAUAUUGAAUGGUCAAAGCGUGGAACACCCAAGGGAAAAUUGCAAACAAUGCACAUGCACUGAUGGAACUGUAAAAUGCAGAAGACAUCGAUGUACUAGAGAUGUUGGUUGCUCUCAUCCUUCAACAAUUCCUGGUGGAUGUUGCAGAGAUGCAUGUGGUGAUUGUAAAUACCGUGGCAGCAUUGUAAGAAAUGGAGAAAGUGUUCGACAAACUACCGAUUUUUGUAGAAUAUGCACCUGUAAUGAUGGGAAUAUUGUUUGUAUUCGGGAAAGAUGCAAAGCACCAACUUGUGAAAACCCUAACAAACCCGAUGGAAAGUGUUGUUUGGAAUGUCCUGGUCUUCUGAGGAGUUGCCAGUUCAGGGGUGAAGAAAUGUUGCAUGGGAAACAAUUCAAACAUGGAUGCCAAGUAUGCAGUUGCUCUGAUGGUGUAAUUUCUUGUCGACCUGUAAAAUGUUCAUCAGUAUCAUGCGCUAUGCCUGUUAGAGUUGGGUGUUGUUUUUCAUGCAAUCAUGGCUGUUACAUUGAUGGUGUCAAAUACAAAAACAAUCAAGUAGUUAAAAAACAAAAUGGAGGUUUAUGUAAUGAAUGUCAGUGCAUGGAUGGUGAUGUCACAUGUAAAAAAAGAAAAUGUGAACCAGUCGAUUGUACGCAUCCGAGUGAUGAUGAAUGUUGCCCUACAUGCAAUGGAUGUAGGUAUGGUGAAAAUAAUUAUGAUGAUGGAACAUCAUUUCAAGAUCCUGAUGAUAAAUGUAAUAUUUGUACAUGUGAUGAGGGCAGUAUUCAUUGCACACAGAAGCAGUGUCGAAUUCCAUGCACUCAUCCUCUAGAUCCGGAUGAUUCAUCAUGUUGUCCUAAAUGUGGUGAAGAUUGCCUACUCGAUGAAAAACUAUACAAACAAACUGAUGGAAUGUUUAUUUUGCCAAGUGACAAACAUGGAUGCAGAUUAUGUGUAUGCGAUGCUGGAUCAAUUGUGUGCAAAGACAAACCUUGUCCUAAAGUGAAUUGCAGGAAUCCGGUUGUUAACGAAUGUGGUUGUCCAAUUUGCACUGGUUGCUUAUAUAAUGGAAUAUCUCGCAGUAACAAGGAAACUUUUGCUAAUCCAGAAAAUGAAAAAUGCUCUGACUGCUAUUGUUCAAAUGGAAACGUUAUUUGUGGCAAACGAUCUUGUCCUGUAUCAUCAUGCACACAUCCAGUAAAAGAUGAUUGUGAUUGUCCACAUUGUGAUAAGUGCUUAUAUGGAAGUGUUACUUAUAAUCAUGGUGAUGUGUUUGGUGAUUUGGAAGACAGAUGCAACUCAUGUGAAUGUCAGGAUGGUAAUGUAGUUUGUGAAAGUCAAACAUGUGCUGCUGUAUCCUGUACACAUCCCUCCACGAAUGAAUGUGGAUGCAGAACAUGUGCUAGUUGCAGUUAUGGUGGAGUCGAUCAUGAAGAACAAGACAGAUUUACCGACCCUGCUAACAAAUGUAAUGAGUGUGUGUGUCAGUCAGGAACUGUUACCUGUACCAGAGUGCGAUGUGAACCAACACCAUGUGCUAAUCCAAUAUUGUCUGAUGGUGAAUGUUGUGCAAAAUGCCUUGGUACUUGCCACGUGGAAGGACAAACAUAUGAAGAUGGUGCAACUUUCACAUUAGAUUCAGAUCCAUGUUCAAAAUGCUCGUGUUCUUCCGGAAAUAUAAGAUGUGUCAGACAGAGAUGUGAUGUUAGAUGUGUAAAUCCUGUUGCCCAAUCUCAAUGUUGUCCAGAUUGUAGUGCAUGUUUGUAUCAGGGAAUUAGACGCGAAGAAGGUGAGUUUUUCAUUCCGAAAGAUAACAAUUGUAAACAAUGUUCGUGUCACCGUGGUAAUAUCAUUUGUAAAUUCAAGGAAUGUCCCAAACCUGCUUGUGAUAAUCCACAACCAGUAAGGGGAAGCUGCUGCCCAACAUGUCCUCAACAACAAACGAGUGAAUGUGUAGUGGAUGGUAAGUCACAAAAACCGGGAACAAAAUGGAUUCAAGAUGAUUAUGAUGGUAUAUGUCAAGAAUGUACAUGUUUGGAAAGUGGAACAACAUCAUGCUCGGCAGAAAAUUGUGGAGAUCAUUGUUCCCACCCAGUACCUCGACUCGACAGCUGCUGUCCAUCAUGUGCUGGUCCAUGCUAUUAUAACAACCAUACAUAUAACAGUGGAACGAUGUUUCAUCCAAAUGAAUGCAAGGAUUGCUUAUGCACUGGUGGAAAUGUGAAUUGCGUAAUGAAAUCUUGUCCAACACUCACUUGCCCUGCCAGUAAACAGAUUAAAAAAUCUGGAGAUUGCUGCACCCGUUGUAAGAGCUGUGUUAUGGGUGGAAAAAUCCAUUCUGAUCAUGACUCUUGGACUUUACCAGAAGAUCCUUGUCAAGAAUGUCAAUGUUUAAAUGGUGUAGUGACUUGUGCUCAAAUUCAAUGCCUUCAACCAUGUAGAAUGAUGAUCACUAUCCCCGGACAAUGCUGUCCUGUUUGUGCAGGAUGCUUUUACAAUAACAAGGUUUACCAAAUUGGAGAAACUUUCGAACCUAAUUCCAUGGAUUCAUGUGAAAUUUGUGAAUGUAAAGCAUCACCAACAAGAGCACCCAUCAUGAGUUGUAAGAGGAAGGAAUGCCCCUCUCUUGCUGAUUGUCCUCGUUCUUGUAUCAGACAACCAUUGCCUGGGCAGUGCUGUCCAACUUGCACAAAUAGACCAGAAUGUGCAUAUGGACUUUGUUCUGCUGAAUCACAAGGUAGUCGAAUAGUUCCCAAUGAAAAUCGUUGUUAUUCUUGUGACUGCCAGAUGGAAAAUACAUGGGUGUGCUUGAGGGAACAGUGCAAAAUACUGGAUUGUCCUGUGAUGAAAAGAUACACUCCAAAUGGGGCCUGUUGUCCUGUGUGUGAUGAAUGUCAUCUGGAUAUGGAAAACUUGGAUGUUCCGAAUGGUAAAGUCUGGAAACGAAGUGAAUGCGAAGUAUGCAGAUGUGAUAAAGGAUCUAUUAUUUGUGUCAAACAAGACUGUCCAAUGAUGACGUUAAAAUGUAGUGCAGGCACCAUUCCGUAUAAAAAAGCAGGUCAAUGCUGCCAUGAAUGCUUAAAUGCUGAUGCUCCUUGCACUUAUGAAGGGCAAUCUAUUCAAGCACAUCAUAAAUGGAAAUCAGAUCAAUGUACAACUUGUACAUGUUUUGGUGGUGAAGUGAAUUGUGUGACAGAAAAGUGCAGAAUGGUGAUGUGCCAUGCUGAUCAUGCCCCUACUGUAAUUUCGGGAGAAUGUUGCCCUAAAUGUAUGCCUCGUCCUGCAAGUUGCACUGCAUUUGGUGAUCCACAUUAUAAAACGUUUGAUGGUCGAAUGGUUCAUUUUCAAGGAACUUGUCAAUACCUUCUCACAGCGGAUUGCAGUAAAUCAGAUUUCAAAGUUAUAGUGCACAAUACUAGGAACAUUGGGUCAAGUAGAAAGGUUUCCUGGACUGAGCAAGUAACUAUAAUAACUGCGGGAGGAACUGUUUCACUCAUGAAGGAUUAUUCAAUCCGAAUAAAUGGAACAGUUGUGCGCCAUCUUCCAUUCUCACUGUUGCCAUAUUAUUACAUUGAAGUUGUUGGAAACUAUAUGCUGUUGAAAACUCACUUAGGUGUACAUCUUUCAUGGAAUGGAAGGCAGCAGCGACUAGAAGUAACUGUUCCAGGAACAUAUAAGCGAAGAACGUGUGGACUUUGUGGAAAUUUCAACAAUUAUCCACAAGAUGAUAGAAGAUUACACAACAGCAGAUUAGCAACUAGUGAUUCAGAAUUUGGAAAUGAUUGGAAAAUCAAUAUUCCAAAUGCUCCACCAUGUCCAGAUGUUGAAGAUCAUAAUCCAUGUAAUGCAGUGAAUUAUGCUAUGCGAACCUUGGCAAAUGAAAAAUGUAAGAUACUGAAUUCACCUACAUUUGCAGCUUGUCAUGCUGUUGUAAAUCCAGCAGUUUAUUUUGCCACAUGUGUAUAUGAUUUAUGUGCAUGUGGUGAGAGUGAGCAGUCUUGUCUAUGUGAUGUUUUGGAGGCAUAUGCAGCUCAAUGUAGCAGAUCCGGAAUAGCUGUUAGAUGGAGGAAUCCAGCUCUCUGUGCUGUCGUAUGCCCAUAUGAUCGAGGUUAUGUGUUUGAUGAAUGUGGAUCUCCUUGCAAGAGGACAUGUGCCAAUAGAAAUCUUCCACCAGGAUCAAUUGCUGCACAAUGUUAUCUGCCUUGUGUGUCUGGGUGCCAAUGUCCUGCAGGUAAAGUAGAAUAUGGACGAAGGUGUAUAUACCCAGAGAUGUGCCCAGCAGAAUUAUUAUCUACAAUAGAGGAUCCUAUGAUCGCUGGUGUACAACAUGCAAACAGACCGUUGCCUACAGUUUCUGCACGUGUCAACAGACAUUCUGCACUAGUACGCCCACCUUUAGUUGCACCUCCACAUAUGGUUCCUAGAGGUUGAAGAAAAAAUAUAGUAAUUAUGUUUAGAUUUGCAAACCUCAAAAACAUAUCCUUCAUUUCUAUACAAUUAGAAAACAUUUUAAAUGGAUAUGAUUAUUGCAUUGUUCAACAUAUUUUUAUAUUUCAAUUUUGUAAGUCUCUUUGUAUAUUAAAUCAUGUUAGAUCAUUGUACCAGAACUGCCAUUUUUCAAUCAACGUUCGAAAGUAUUCUAAAAUUGCACAUAGAAGACUGAAAAUUUUCAGUUUUUUUCUACAGUAUUUCUAAAAACUCUUUACACGAUAGCGAAAAAAUUUGCUGUAAAAUACUGGUUAACAGGGAAGGAAAUUCCUUAUGAGUGUCAACUAAAAAUGAAUUUUUUAACAAAAUAAAUUCUGAAUGCUUUUAGCGAAUAAAAACAACUUGUAUUUAACUAUAUAUUUUCAAACUUUGAAUUUGCUUCUAUGCUAAUAUUUCCAGCAUAUAUACAGUUAUUUUUUCAUUUAAUAUUCAUUUUUAGACUCAUUUUUACGUUCAUACAUUUUGUUCAUUUUAUUACUAACUAACUCAAUAAAUGCACUUAUUGUAUAGUGCUGAAAUAUAAAAUCUCGUCU